GUGAAGUUGAAAGGUGGGGACAGCUGAGGGAGUGGACAGGAUCAGUUGGUGUGACCGCGCUGCUUCGUCCUCUUCUGUCCUGCUUCGGUUGGGCUGGAAGACCUGGGAAGGAUCUGAUCCAGCCAGGAAGAAUGGCUCUGCCGAUCAACCCCAUGGACGAGCCCAGGAUGUACCAGCAGACGCUCCUCCAGGACGGCCUGUACGACCUCCUGGAGAGCGACAAGCUGGUGGACUGCGUCCUGAAGAUCAAAGACAAGGAGUUCCCCUGCCACCGCCUGGUCCUGUGCGCCUGCAGCUCCUAUUUCCGCUCCAUCUUCCUGUCGGACUUGGACGAGCACAAAAAGAGGGAGAUCAUCUUGGAGGACGUGGAGCCGGGCGUCAUGGGACUGAUCCUCAAGUACCUGUACACCUCCAAAAUUAACGUGACAGAGCAGAAUGUUCAGGACAUCUUCGCUGUGGCGAACCUGUACCAGAUCCCCUCCAUCUUCACCGUGUGCGUGUCGUUCCUGCAGAAGCGCCUGAGCCUCAGCAACUGCUUGGCCAUCUUCAGGCUGGGCUUGAUGCUGGACUGUCCCAGGCUGGCCGUGUCCGCCCGGAACUACGCCUGUGAGCGCUUCCAGCUCAUCUCCAGGGACGAGGAGUUCCUGCAGCUUCAGCCCAGCGAGCUGGCGGCCAUUUUGGCCAAUGACAAUCUCAACGUGGACGCAGAGGAGGCCGUGUUUGAGGCGUUGAUGAACUGGGUGACCCGGGACUUGGAGGACAGAGAGAAGACCUUGUCGGGGUUGCUGGAUUGUGUUCGCUUGCGUCUGGUCAACGAGGACUACCUGAGAGAGAAGGUGGAGAAGCACAAACUGAUCUCGUCCAAUCCAGAACUCCAGAAGAAGCUCCAGAUGGUCAGAGAUGCUCGGGCUGGGAAGAUGCCUGAGGUGAAAUCCAAGAAGGAGAAGAAGGUGGAGGACGGUGGAGCAGACAACGAGGAGGAGGAGAAUCUUCUCCCGAGCAUCCUCAAUGACAACAUGCGCUUCGGUAUGUUCAUGCGGGACUUGAUCCUGAUGGUCAAUGACUCGGGAGCGGUCGCUUACGACCCGGCGGGUAACGACUGCUUCAUGGCGUCCGUGUCCAUGCAAGUUCCCAAGAACCAUGUCAGCCUGGUCACCAAGGAGAACCAGAUCUUUGUGGCUGGAGGAUUGUUUGUGGAUGAGCAGAACAAGGAGAACCCACUCUGCUCUUACUUCCUGCAGUAUGACCCGCUGAGUGCCGACUGGCUCGGAAUGCCACCGCUCCCGUCUCCCCGCUUCCUGUUUGGUCUGGGUGAGGCCGAGAACUCCAUCUUUGUGCUGGGAGGGCGGGAAGUGAAGGAUCAGGAGCACACCCUGGACUCGGUUCUGGUCUACGACAGACAGUCUUUCAAAUGGGGCGAGUCCGAUCCAGUUCCACAUGCGGUCUACGGACAUGCCACGGUGUCCCACAAGGAUGUGGUUUACGUCAUUGGAGGAAAAGGAGACGACAAGAGCUGCUUGAGGAAGAUCUACGCGUACGACGCCAGGAGGUUCGAAUGGAAGGAGCUGUCCCCCAUGAAGACCGCUCGCUCGCUUUUUGGAGCCACCGUUCACGACAACAAAAUCUACGUGGCAGGAGGCGUCACCGACACGGGCUUGACGGACUCGGUGGAGGUCUACGACAUCGCCACCAACAAGUGGUCCGACUUUGAGACGUUCCCCCAAGAACGUAGCUCCCUGAACUUGGUGUCUUUGGCGGGCUUGCUGUACGCCGUGGGAGGUUUUGCCAUGAUGCCUUUGGAGGACAGCGAGGACGUUAUUCCCAAAGAGAUGAACGACGUCUGGAGGUACAACGAAGAGGACAAGAAGUGGAAUGGGAUCCUCAGAGAGAUCCCAUACGCCGCAGGCGCCACGAUUCUGGGGGUCCGGCUCAACACGCUGCGACUAAACAAGAUGUAGGAAGGACAAGACGAUGGAGUCGUACUGUUAUAGUUCAGGAGCACGAGGGGUGUCACAGGGUCUCCCUAGAUGAGAAGCUCUCAGGGGGGCACCAGGCCUGGGAUGACAAAUGAAAUCAAUGAAAACAAACAUCAUCGUUCUACCCACCUGAAUACGUUGCCAUGAGCACUCGUGUCAGCCGUCCUCGUCUCCCGCCUCCUGACGGACAGGAGGAGGCUUCGCUCUGUGCAUUGCUUUCAGCACCUGAACAACGGCAUGAACAGAGUGAGCCCUUUUGUCAGUCACACAGGCGGGGUCUCUAGCAUACGCACAGAGUGCAACUGGGUGACUUGUGACACCCCUAAUGUGCCCUUUUGGAGUUUUCUUUUGCUUUUGUCUUUGAAUCAUUCUAUAGGUUUUAUUCCAUGGUACUUUUUUGCACUGCAAUAAAAUAAAAUACAAAUGAUCAAAAAACAACAAGACAGUUGAAUCUGCAUGAAUAUAGCUCUCGUGUUUAAUGUUGAAAUGAGGCCGGGCUGCCGUUACAGACGCUACACGCUAGGUCAAUAACACCAUAA